AUGGCCCAAGAUCCAGAGCCCGAUCCCACCCACCUCGAGGCAGUGGAGGCCAUUCAAGACGAGAUAUCGCUUUAUGAAGGCAUGCUCGCCAGUCUGGUUCACUCCAUCUCUUAUGGUGAGUGUGGUGAAGACGACCGGGAGACACGGGACUCUAUUCGAGAUACCAAGGCCAAUCUGAAGAAUCUCCGUCAACAACUGCGCUCUCUCGAAUCCUCUCAAGAUCAACCCUCACCAGAGAUGGAUUCACUUGACAUCCCAGAAGAUAUCACAGAUGAAGCAACAGCCAUUCCACCAACCCAUAGUGCUACCAACUCCACGACGCACUCUUUCAAUCGCUCACAGACCUUGAUGCCUCUCCCCAGUCAUGAGCCAUCUUUUCGAAAACGCCAGAGAACGCACUUUGACUAUGAUCACGAUGAGCCCGAGUCAAAGUCUCGCCGUACAAGUCCAAAUCUGUCUGCUGCCCCAUCUUCAUCGGCUUCCACCGACAGCAAUGACAGUUCGGACACGAGUGAUGACCCUCUGAUGUCUAUCCUUUUCAAACGUGGACCGAAUGCUCGACAACAGAAAUAUUUGCGCCAGCUGGAGGAAAGAAAAAAGCAGGAAGAGGCUGAUGCUCAAUUGGCACAAAAGUUAUCUCAGGAAUUCAAUGACACAGACAACGCAACCAAGAUAAAGAACCCAUCUGCCCCCAGCGCUGAGUAUUCUCAGUUGUUCCUGAGGACCAACGGCUCCAUCAAUCAACAACUUCCAACCGUCAAAUCUGAACCAGGUCUCCCUUCUGGUCGACGAUCAUCAGCGCUAUUCGCUACUCCCAGCCGUGAUCCCUGGAGUAAAACCCCCAUUAAGAAUGACCCGGUCUCUCCAUCUCCUUCAACGCCUGUCAUUAAGAACAACCCCAUGUCACCAUCCCCUUCGGGCCCUGUCAUACGAGUCAAGCCUGAGUUCACUCCUGCAAGUGGACCUGCUGGGCUGACAACUCCAGCCACUACAGGAAGAAUCCCUGCUCGUGUCAAUACCUACGAUCCUGUCAAAUCGGAGAUCAAAACAGAGCCAGGACGAUAUGCAAGUACACAGAAUGUUCCAGCGAUGACGAUGCCUGGUUCCGCUCCGGCAGCUAUGCCUGGAGCUUUUCCAGAUUCUAAACCUUACACCAGUUUAGGUGGCAACCCCGUCUAUCGUUACCCCGAGUACAACAGUUCAACUUCCGCCUUGGGCAGUUCCACUGAAGUUCCCGGCUUCCCUUACCCCUUCGACGCCCGUCCCCUGCCGUAUACGGAUCUGGGCCAUGAAUAUGCCGAUCCCACCAAAACAAAGGAGGAAUUGGAGGAGCUUAUGAAGAACAUCAGACCUGAUGAAGAACUCACCCAAGAGGAACUGGUUCGACCUCCACAGAACCUCAAAGCAACCCUAAUGCCUCACCAGCUGAAAGGUCUGACAUGGAUGCGAAAAAUGGAGGAAGGCUCAAACAAGGGCGGAAUUUUAGCGGACGACAUGGGGUUAGGCAAGACUGUACAAAGUAUUGCACUGAUGCUUGACCGUCCCCCAGCCCCGGGUACUUUUCGACCAACUCUGAUCGUCGCCCCAGUCGCGUUGAUGCAUCAAUGGGAGAGGGAAAUCAACAAGUUCGUCAAGAGAAGUUCGCAUAUGAAUAUCUAUGUCUAUCACGGUGCCUCCAAACGAGCUUCUUGGGCUGCUAUGAAGUCCUACGAUGUCGUUCUUACCACAUACGGCACGUUGGCAGCUGAGCUAAAACGUCAACUCGCCUGGGAGGAGAAGCUGAAGUUGGUGCCUGACGCACAACCAUCAGCUUCUCAACAGUGCCCUAUUUUGAGUGACCGUUCCCACUUUCACCGAAUCAUCUUGGACGAGGCCCAAAAUAUCAAAAACAGGUCUGCAAAGGCCGCGCUUGCAGCAUGUCGAAUCAGAGCUGACUAUAGAUGGGCAUUAUCCGGUACUCCCAUGCAAAACAAUGUGGAAGAGAUGUACAGUCUUGUCAAAUUCAUUCGCAUUCGACCUUACAACGACUGGCAAAAGUUCUCCAAAGAUAUUGCAGGUCCAUUGAAGCGGAGUCGAGUGGAGCGUGAGGCAAAGAAAGCGAUGCAAAUUCUUCAGGCCCUCCUUCGAGCAAUACUAUUGCGUCGUACCAAACAAUCUAAGAUUGACGGCAAACCUAUUCUUCAGCUGCCACCAAAAACAACAUCCGAGGAAAGAAUCGCUUUUGGUGAAGAUGAAUUGACAUUCUACAAGUCCCUGGAAGUCAAUGCUCAAAUUCAAUUCAAUAAGUUUCUCAGCCGAGGUGCAAACGGAGGCAUUGGAAGGAAUUAUUCAAAUGCACUUGUUCUGCUUCUUCGACUGCGACAAGCAUGUUGUCAUCCACGUCUCGUUGUGGAUAGCAGUGAUUUCAUGGUUCAAGUGGCAGGCUCGCUUAGUCCUGAUGAUCUCUUGAGCAAUGCUGCAGAACUCCAACCACAAGUUGUUGCUCGUCUCAAAGGUCAGGAUGCUUUCGAAUGUCCUGUGUGCUUUGACGGUACAGAAAAUCCAGUUGUCUUUCCAUGUGGCCACACCCUCUGCAACGAUUGUCUUAGUAAGAUUAUUGAUCAGUUUACCAACAAUGAAGAGGAUGGUCGUCCAGCAAUGCCAACCUGUCCUGCUUGUCGAGCAAAGAUUGAUUCCAAGAAGGUGACUGAUAUUGCCAGUUUUCUAAAGGUGCACGAUCCUACUCGAGCUGAAGAAGCAGGUUUUGACAAAGCUCAAAACGAUGACGAUGAGGAUGAUGACUCUUCAAGUGAAAGCGAGAGCGAGGAGGAUGACGAGGACGAAGAUUCGGAUCUUGACGGAUUCAUCGUUCCAGACGACUGUGAAGCGGAUUCGGAUUUGGCCGAGGAGCCUAAAGUGAAGCAGUCGAAGAAGAAGAAGAAGUCAACUGUUCACAAAUCCAAGUCCAAAAUGUUCAAACCAAAGGGCCCACCAAAAACUUUGGCAGUUCUUCGAAAGGAAGGUCUGAAGAACAAGGCAGCCAAACGUCAGUAUUUGAGACGUUUACGAAAGACAUUUGAGCCAUCCGCAAAAACUAUCAAGACUGUUGAACUCCUUGAGGAAAUCAAAGCCAAGGGUCAGAACGAAAAGACCAUCAUUUUCUCCAACUUUACAUCAUUCCUCGACCUACUCGAAGUUCCACUGUAUGAUCACAAGGAUUUCCGCAACUAUGUUCGAUACGACGGAUCAAUGUCUUCAAGCGACAGAAAUGCAGCUGUACUCGAGUUCACAGACAAUCCUCAUUGCAACGUCAUACUGGUGAGCUUGAAAGCCGGCAAUGCUGGCCUGAAUCUCACGGUCGCCAAUCAUGUCGUCAUGCUUGAUCCUUUCUGGAAUCCCUUUGUCGAAUACCAGGCCGCAGAUCGGUGCUACAGAAUCGGUCAACAAAGAGAUGUAACUGUACAUCGUAUUUUGAUUGGUGGUGAAGGAUUUGAGGACAAGCCUCUGGAACAAGGAUUCACUGUGGAAGAUCGAAUUCUUGCUUUACAGGAAAAGAAACGUGCACUGGUCGAAACUGCUCUCGACGAGUCUGCCGGUCGUAAUGUGGCUCGGCUAGGUGUUCGAGAGCUAGGUUACCUGUUCGGGCUCAACGGCAUCUGA